CGAAACUAUCAUGACGUAAUCGCAACGCUUUUCGAAUUAUCUUCGUUUCUAAUAAAUUACCACGCGAUAUUAUCAUACAUAAUAAAAAACAUGGCGUCUACAUCAAGAGAAAAUUGUUCAUAUUCAUUAAUUGGACAGGAAAGAAUACAUAGUGCUAUAAAUGAUGAAUUUCGUUCUGUCGGAACAAUGGGGAAGAAACUGGACAAAUUCCUUUUACUGAUGUGGAAAAAUUGGUUGUUGCAAUAUCGACGGCCUCUCCAAACCCUUGUCGAAAUUCUAGCUCCGGUCCUGUUCUCCAUUCUUUUAGUCGUCAUUCGAAGUCUAGUGGAUCCCGAAACAAAUCCCGCAAAAAUCUACACACCCUUCUGUCUACUCCCAAUUUUAUGUUCUGAUCAAAGUAUCAGCACAAAUCAAAAACUUCUGACAAAUUUCGAAAAUAGCACGUUUAUAAACUUCACCUUAGUAUAUUCGCCUUAUUCAAACAAAGCCGUAAGACGGUCAAUGGGAAUUCUUGAAACUGUUUUGGGUGGCCACGUUGUUGGUUACAACAAUUCAGACCAACUAGAAGCCCAUUUUCUCGAUUCCAAUUCUUCUCUAACAUUUGCUGCCAUACAACUUGAUGACUCUUUAGCACAACAGGACACUCUACCAGAUGACUUGGAGGUAUCGCUGAGAUUUCCAAGCGAACUUCGGAUGGGGUUUGAUUUAUUUGGGCAAAAUAACUGGCAUACAAAUCUCUUGUAUCCUGUGUAUCAAGUACCGGGUCCUCGAGCACCAGAAAAUAACACAGGGGCUCUCCCAGACAAGUUGCGCGAUUUAGAUAGAAGACAAAGAACGUGGAGAACUAAUAUUUUAUUUCCCAUUUAUCAAUCACCUGGUCCUAGAUCCCCAAGAUCUGAUAUUGGUGGUAAACCAGGUUACUUCAAAGAAGGAUUCUUGACUUUACAAUUAGUCAUGACAUAUAUUUUUGCAAUUGGAGGACACCUUGAAGCAACAACUCUAGAAGACUUUCAAAAUAUGAUUACCACACUUCGGCCACCACUAGUUAAAAUGCAACGUUUUCCAUAUGGAAGUUGGGUAGAGGAUCCCUUGCUGCAAGCUUUAGAAAGUUUCGUCGGAAUUAUCAUUAUGUUGAGUUUUGUUUACACUUGCAUAAACACAGUCAAAGUAAUAACAACUGAAAAAGAGAAACAGCUCAAGGAAGCUAUGAAAAUUAUGGGUUUACCUAAUUGGCUUCAUUGGACUGCUUGGUUUCUCAAAGCAUUUGUUUUUCUUUUAAUUUCAGUAAUUCUAAUUAUAGUGCUUUUGAAAAUUUCGUGGUAUCCGCACACUGAAUAUAGUGUUUUCACGUACGCAGAUCCUACAGUAAUGUUGGCAUUUUUAUUAUUGUACGUUUGUGCGACCAUUACUUUUUGUUUUGCGAUUAGCGUCUUUUUUUCUAAAGCAAACACAGCUGCAACAGUAGCUGGACUUGUGUGGUUCCUCUCUUAUGCUCCAUAUUUAUUUUUACAAAAGCAGUAUGACCAACUCAGUCUCUCUACUAAACUCAUGGCAAGUCUUGGUUCAAACACUGCAAUGGCUUACGGGUUCCAGUUAAUGUUAAUGUACGAGGGUACCAGCGAAGGAAUACAAUGGUCCAAUAUAGGAAAACCCAACACUCCUGAUGACAGUUUAACUCUCGGAUACAUAAUGCUAAUGCUAAUAAUAGACACCUUCAUCUACCUUUUUGUCGCUCUAUAUGUCGAAGCAGUUUUUCCUGGAGAGUACGGAGUGCCACUUCCUUGGUACUUCCCUUUCACAUCUUCCUACUGGUGUGGUCAUCCUAGUUACGUAGGAGUUGAAGAUUUCUCUAGUGUGCCGUCACAAGAAGGUGAAUUUUUCGAAAAGGAGCCCAAUAAUCUCACUCCCGGUAUUCAGAUUCGAAACUUGCGAAAAGUGUUUGGCCAAAAAGCAGCAGUUCGAAAUCUCUCGCUAAACAUGUACAAUGAUCAAAUUACGGUCCUUCUCGGUCAUAAUGGUGCCGGAAAAACAACAACCAUGUCUAUGUUGACUGGAAUGUUCCCUCCUACAAGUGGUACUGCAGUUGUUUGUGGACAUGAUAUUAAAACAGAUAUGGACGGUGUAAGAGAAAGUCUCGGUUUAUGUCCUCAACAUAACAUCAUCUUCGAUGAACUCACCGUUCGGGAGCAUCUUUACUUUUUUAGUAAACUUAAAGGGCUGAAACACGAAGCCAUCAAUGAAGAAAUUGACAAAUACGUCGAACUGUUGGAACUGCAACCCAAAGCUAAUGCAAAAUCGGCGACUUUAUCAGGAGGGAUGAAGAGAAAGCUUUGUGUGGGUAUGGCGUUGUGUGGCAAUUCUAAAGUUGUCAUGCUUGAUGAGCCCACUGCCGGAAUGGAUCCUUCAGCAAGACGAGCUUUGUGGGAUUUGCUUCAAAAUCAAAAACACGGAAGGACGAUGCUGUUAACAACGCAUUUUAUGGACGAAGCUGAUUUAUUAGGAGACAGAAUUGCGAUUAUGGCCGGGGGUGAGUUACAGUGUUGUGGCUCAAGUUUCUUUCUAAAAAAGAAAUACGGAACUGGAUAUCAUCUCAUCAUGGACAAAGCUUCGAAUUGCCAAGAAGAACACGUAACAGGACUCCUGAGAAGACAUAUUCCCAAUAUCGAGAUGCACGGUAAUGUCGGCUCAGAACUUACGUAUCUACUAUCGGAAGAGCACUCUUCCGUUUUUGAAGAAAUGUUGCGAGAUUUAGAAGAAAACAGUGCAAGUUUGGGUAUUCGCAGUUACGGUAUUUCACUGACAACUUUAGAAGAAGUGUUCAUGAAAGUCGGUGCUGACCAUGGCCAAGAAGAAAACUACAAUGGAUUAAUACAAGAAACAAAGUGUAAUAAGACAAUGCUGGAUAAAAUAAAAUCUAAAUUGAAAAGAAAUGGAAACUACGAAAAUAACAUUAAUGAAACAACCUUAACGCUUGAAACUUCCACCCUUCUCACCGGCUUCAUGUUGAUUAAAAAUCAAUUUUUGGCAAUGCUUAUGAAAAAAGUAUUAUCGAUUAUACGCACCUGGAUACUACAGUUUAUUCAAAUUUUAAUGCCAGUUGCAUUUCUCAUAAUAGCAAUUGUCGUUAGCAGAAACACAAACAAGUCAGCAGAUUUACCGAAACUGCCCAUAACAUUAAAUUCAUAUCGCAAUCCAAUAACAUUAAUUGAAGAUAAUGCGAAUGAUUCAUUUUCGGCCUUAUUUGUACAAACUCUUAAAGGUUACGAAAUAAAAAAUGUGACAAAUAUCACAAGCGAAAUGCUUGAUUUGACGGAGACUGUUCCAUCUACUGUCAGACUGCGGUACAUUGUUGGAGCUAGUUUUGACAAAGUACUUAACGGCUUUUUGACGAGUAUCACAGCAUGGUUCAACAAUAAUCCUUACCAUUCCCCACCCCUAGCUUUGGGUCUUGUCUUGAACGUGGUUUACAAGCAUUUAGCCGGCACAAAUCGUUCAAUAAAAUGGGCAAAUUAUCCGUUACCAUUUACAGCCGACACGAAAGUACAACAACUGCUAGAAGGCAACAGUAUGGGUUUCCAACUUGCGUUUAAUAUUGGAUUUAGUAUGGCUUUCGUAUCCUCCUUCUACGUCUUAUUUUACGUGAGGGAACGAGUUUGCAAAUCAAAACAUUUACAAUUUGUGUCUGGCGUCAAAGUUUACAUAUUCUGGUUAAUGUCUUUCAUCUGUGAUAUAAUUACGUUUAUUGUAACCAUAAUAGCCAUCAUCAUUACUUUAGCAUGUUUUCAAGAAGAUGGUUUCCGGUCGUCUGAAGACUUAGCUCGUAUGUCCCUCCUUUUGUUCUAUUUUGGCAUUGCAAUGUUGCCUAUGAUGUAUUUUGCAUCAUACUUUUUCGAAGUACCUUCAACAGGAUAUACUAGAAUGACCCUCUUCAGUGUUUUCACUGGAGUAGCUGCUUUUUUGGUUGUUCAAGUUUUGGCAACACCUGGGCUGGAUUUGGAAUAUGUUGCUAACACUUUGCACUGGAUUUUCUUAGUAGUACCUCAUUAUUCAUUAGCAACAGGUAUUAGAGACGUUUAUACAACAUUUGCCACCAAUAAGAUGUGCAAAUACGCUGUUCAAACUUGCGUUGAAAAUAGACCAGAUAUGACCAUUGACAAGUGUUGGGAUUUGACUUGUCAUAAUGCAAGUGUGGUAUUACAGGAUUACUGCUGUGUGCGCGAACCGGACUAUUACAAAUGGCGCAGCCCCGGAAUAGGAAGAAAUUUGCUAUACUCAUUUUCAGUUGGAAUAGUUCUAUUUAUUCUGCUUAACAUGAAGGAAUAUAAAAUAUUCUCCAAAGCUGUAGAUUACAUUGUUGCAAAUUAUAAAAACAAAUUUCCUCAGCCAGUUGAAGAUGAAGACAGUGAUGUUGCGGAAGAGAAACACAAGAUCCAUAGCACUUCUGAAUCAGAAUUACAAAAUGACUACAUUUUGGUACUUAAAGAUUUGACAAAAUAUUAUAACAAUUUCUUGGCAGUUAAUGGCUUGUGUUUGGGUGUUAAAGAAUGUGAAUGUUUCGGUUUAUUGGGUAUAAACGGAGCUGGAAAAACCACGACUUUUAAAAUGAUGACUGGUGAUGUAAAAAUCACGCACGGAGAAGCUUGGGUAAAAACAUUCAGUAUCAAAACUGAACUAAAACAGGUGCAAAAGUUGAUCGGAUAUUGUCCUCAAUUUGAUGCUCUUCUUGAUGAUUUAACUGCCAAGGAAUCAUUGAUAAUGUUUGCUCUUUUAAGAGGAGUUCCAAUGGAGGAUUGCCAAUACCUGGUCCACAAACUAUCGAAAGAUUUUGAUUUUCAAAGACAUUUGAAUAAAAAAGUUAAAGAGCUUAGUGGUGGUAACAAGAGGAAAUUAAGUACUGCCAUUUCGUUGAUUGGUGAUCCUCCAGUCAUAUAUUUAGAUGAACCCACAACAGGAAUGGACCCUGCGACUAAGCGCUAUUUAUGGGAUGCCAUUUGCAAAGUUAGAGAUAAUGGAAAAUGUGUAGUUCUUACCUCGCAUAGUAUGGAAGAAUGUGAAGCUUUGUGCACAAGACUAGCCAUAAUGGUUAAUGGCAAUUUUAAAUGUUUGGGUUCUACUCAACAUUUAAAAAAUAAAUUUGCUGAAGGGUAUACAUUGACAAUUAAACUUAAGAAAAGCCCUGGUGGAGAAGAUGUCGAUAUUAAACCGAUUGAAAAUUUUAUCUCAGAUCAUUUUCCUAAAGCAAUACAAAGAGAAAAACAUCAAGAACUUUUAACUUAUUAUAUAGUAGAUAAAAGUAUCCCGUGGUCAAGAAUGUUCGGGAUUUUGGAAAAAGGAAAAAAGCAGCUAAAUAUUGAAGAUUACUCUUUAGGUCAAUCAAGUCUAGAACAGGUAUUUUUAUCUUUCACAAGGUUACAACGUUAAUUUAAAUAAUAAAACUUUUGUUUUUUGUCCGUGCCUUUUCUUGCUGACAAUUGGUGAUAUAUGUAAUUAGUAAUUACACUCAAACCUAUUUAUUCUAUGUUAUAAUAAAUUAAAUAAAUUUAAUUUUACA